GAUGGGAGUUCCACUGAACACGCCUUUACCAACUCUAAAAUUGUCUCUUUGUGAAGCGGACGUUCGGUUCCGCUCUCCGGCCACGCAGAGUCGGCGAGAGAGCCGAGGUCGAGGUGUGAAGCUUCAGACCUGCGGGGGAGGAAGUCCGCCGGGAUUGUGGACGCUGAUGCGGAAGUUAUUGAACCAAAGAAGAUUCGUUUUCCUCUACCUACUGUUUCAAUCCGCCUCACAUUUUCCUCGCCGGUCGGCUACCAUUAGCGUUAGGAAUCACACGUGACGGCGUUUUCAAAUCUCUCGAAAGCGGUCGGCGAGGGAUAUUGUGAAUAGAAGCAAGGGAGUUUCUGUUUUUUACUUUUCUCUACUCGCCGCUCUCUCUUAUCCACUUUUUUCUUCUCGCUCGCCUUUCGCUAGCAUCUUCUGGUGAGGUUCUCCGUGGAAUAACUAUUGCGAAUAAGGAUGACAUUAUCCUUCUGUACAUUCUCGUUGCCAUUCCUUCUUCCACAAUGGAUUUGGGUUCAGAGGAUAUUUGUCUCAUUCAACUAGUCGCUGUGAUUGUUCAAGGAAGCCAUGGAAAUCUCUUCUAUUUGAACAGAAAAUGACAAUUUCCUGUGAUUGUCUGUAAAUAUCAAGUGCGAGAAUUUGAAGAGAACUGUACUUAAGGCAGCAUGUCAAGCGACAAAGUGCUUUUGACUUACAAGCGGAAACGCGUCUCCUUUCAAACUGAUUUUAUUCAUGACACUAGAGGAACCAAUUUACCUCCUAAUAUUCGAAGAGGAUCAUCAUGGAUAUCUAGUUUUAAAUCUGAGUGCGAUGCAAAUGACGAGAAACUCAACAACCAUCAUUCAGGAAAACGUCAAUGCUCCACUUGCAAUGGCAGAUGUGGAUUCACUGAAUGUCUGCAGGAACAUAUUCCACCAACCAAAGAAAUGAAGCAAAGUCAAAUAACUGUGCAAAAAGACAUGGGACCUAUGGUACUUCGUUCCAGCAGGGUUUUGAGUAGUAUAAAAGUUGAGAAUGUUUCCAAGCAGGCAACCUCCCCUACAGUGACUAGAUCUCGGAGUAAUAAUAAAGAUAUUGUUCAGAUGGAUGGUUCUGGCAGAAAAUCUGGACUAGACUACAUGACAUGUGCUGAAGAGAGAUCAACGGCUCUAUUGGCAGUCCAUGAUCUAAUGGGUAACCCAAUCAAUUUGAAUGUGAAUUUAGCCACUGAAGGAGUAUACAGUUCUGGAUGUCCAGAAGUUGGUGCUAAGAUGGGCCUACAUUCUGAUAACAGUGAUGAUGUAUUAUUUAAUGAUGCAGCUUUGAAGGAGCAUUCCUGUGCCCAACUGAUUACUUUUUCAAGAAGAGCAAAAACGAAGCAGGAUGCAGGUGAAAGGAUAACAGACAGAAAUUCUAAAAUUGUGGAGAAACAAAGUGUUUCUGCCAUAAGUAGCCAUUGUGUUGUAGGAGCUAACUUUGGUUGUGAAGGUUCAUCUCAAAAGUGUAGGUUUGAGGAACAGGUUAACUGUCAACCUAUGUAUCUUGAAAAUUGUGUGGUCCCCUCUUCACAAGUAGAUGUUGCAGAUGAGAUGGCGGUCAAGGUUGAUGCCACGUCAGAUUAUACUGCAGAGGUGUGUACUGGUUCGAUGAUCAAGAAGAGAUUAGAUACAAGUUCUGAAUGUCUAAUGCCUGCUCUCUCUGUCGUGGAUACUUGUGAAGAACCAUCUAAAGAACUCUUGGCAGUACAACCAAAUUAUGUUGUCAAAGAUUACAUUUGUCCACCAAACACUGAACCAUCAAACUCAGGUAAUAAUGCCUUUAUUUUUGAUGUCGAGGAAUCUGGGAGCAAGUUGAUCACAGGAACAAACAACUGUGAGAAGAGAAUAAUCACCUGUAUGUCAGAGGAGAGGGAAUGUCCUGCUGCUCUGCAGCUCUCUGUUGCACCUACAUCUGUUUCCCAAAUGAACCUGGAAGCAAACAAACGAUCUGAUGAUGCUUUGCUCGAAAAUCAUAGAGAUUCUCAAAGCUCAUCGACUCCAGGCUGCUCCAUUGUCUUCACUGAUGAAGAAAAUGACGCAAGAAGCAAAGAAGUAGAAUGGUUGGAAAGCCUUGAUAACGUGUUAAGGGAGAAAAAGAAAGAUAGAUGUACAGGCUCAUUGAUAGUUGACGAUGCUAUCAACUGCAGAGAAGGAUUCACUUCCUUGACGGCAAACAAGUCAGCAGAGCAAUCUGUGAAUAAUAAGAACCUAGUAUUUGAUUUUGUGAAUCAUUUAAUCAUAUUACCAGAAAAAACAAACUUACCUGAUCCUAGCUGUGAAGAGCAACUGAAAACUGAUAAAUCUACUUCUUUUACUGAUUUUCUGGGUCGUUGUUUGCCUUCAAAUUCGGGCGUACCAUUGGACUUGAAUACUGCUGCGCCACCCUCAGCGUCUCAUUUUAGAGACAAUCUUUCUAUGCAUAAUUGGAAACAUCCGUAUUCCCCAAAUGAGAAUUCAUCUUUGUUCAAACAUAAAAAUAUAGCAGAAAUGAUGCUGAAUGGAAAGCGAGGUUCUUUAUCAGAUAAACCAAAGAGGUAUAUAAGUGAAUGGUCAGAAGAAGAGCUAGAUUUUCUAUGGAUUGGUGUCAGAAGACAUGGGGUGGAUAAUUGGAAUGCUAUUUUAAGGGAUCCAAAGCUGCAAUUUGCACAGUCGAGGUUCCCAGAGGAUCUUGCCUUGCAAUGGGAACAAGAACAGAAGAAGCUUUACAAUGGCAUUCUGUAUCCUCCAGCAAGUUUUUUGAAGACAAAUACAUUUUCUCCUUCAUUGCGGGAAGGUCACUAUAAUGCUAAAGCUCAUUCAUAUUCUGAGAAUCCAUUAUUUACUGAAACAAAACUCUCUCUUGGUGGUGUAUACUUUCAUAAGGAGAAUAUCGCUAAAAGUAGCCCGUUUGGCUUUACUUAUCCGACAGCCAGUGAAAGUUCAUCCACUUGCCCCUUGCUAGGCAGCUUCUUGUCGAUGUCCUUGCAUCCUGGAGCUGCAAUAAGACCUAAAAUCUCCUCCAGUGCAUCACGGUCCAUGUAUCAAAAACAGUUUAGAGAAAGGUCAGUGACUCAACAGAAGCCUGCAGGAUUGCCUAAAAGUACAGAUCUCCCUCAUUGGCUCAAAGAAGCUUGCAGCUCACACCCAAGUCCAAGUGAUUUACCAUGGCCGCAAUUUGUCGCAGCUGGAAAUGCUACAAGCUUGAUCCAUAAUGACACUGGGCUUUGCUCUCCCACUGCCAAACAUGGCGAGCCACUUACAUCUAAAGAUCUCAGGGGACGAGGAAUCCUGAAAAGAAAAAGCAUGAUUUCUGGCAAAAAUACCGGCAUCGUAAAGAUCGAAGAAGCAUCGACGUCCCUCGAAGAUUCUCUAAGCAUAAACCUAUGUGUCGCGCCAAUACAAAUUCCUGCCUGCGAAAGGCCUGCAAUAAGCAUUGCAGCUUCUCAUCAUCAGAAAAAUAUUACAGAUUUGAGCAAUAACAUUCCAGUUUCUGUUGUUGUACCAAAUGAUUUGGUUGUUUUAGAUAGUGAUGCAUCUUCAGAGGAGACAAUAUCAGAUGAUCAGAAUCGGAGGCCAUAGAAAGCUCCCAAUCAAGUGGAUUGAGAGGUACUAAUACAGGAUUUUGUAAUUCCUGUGCAGUUUUGUUGUAUGUAUUGAUUUUCGUCUGUAUUUCUCACCAUUCCACUUAUCGUAGGUGCAAUUGUUCCAUAAAAAUCUAACGAAAUUAGUGGAUUGAGGUGUUUUCUUCACAGGGUUAUAUUAAUGCAGUUGGCUGAGGUUUGUUGAUGAACCUCAGCGGGGGAACUUAGUAGCUUAGUCCAAGCGGCUAUAUAGCACAUGUAAUAUACAUUUAAACAUAAUAUAUAAUAUAUAUAUUUAUAAUGCUAUUGGUAA